AUGAACUUCGAGAGAGGACGUCGGGACCUGGAGGAGCCAUUUCAAGAGGACGACAAAUCUUCGCCAGAUUUCUCCAAUCUCCAGCAUCAAGUUCGAGAGAGGACGUCGGGACCUGGAGGAGGAGCUAUUUCAAGAGGACGACAAAUCUUCGCCGGACUUCUCCUAUCUUCAGCAAUAAGACCCCAAGACCUUAUUGACCCCCAUCCGGACCAGGAAACAAGAGAGGCAUGGAGAGAGACAGAGGGAGAGGAGGUUCUGGCGGCAGACGUGGUGCAUCCAAUUAGGGGUGAGGACUCUAGUACUCACCAGUGCGUUGACCGUAAUGCGACACGGUGA